AUGGUCCGGCCCUUGUCCCGGCCCCUCGUCCUAUCCGGAUCGGGGCCUCGGGUCCCGCCCCCGCCCCGAUCCCCAAAUCGGUCCCCGUGUCGGCCCGAGUCCCAGCUACCGCCAGGCUCGGGGUCCCAGCCCGCCCCCUGGCUUCCUUCCGGGUCCCAGCCCCGGCGCCCCCUGGAGUCCCAGCGCCUGCCCCUGGCCUGGUCCCCGUCCCCGCCUCUGCCCUUGCUCCAUCCCAUUUCGCGACCCCGACUCAGGUCUGGGCUCCAGCCGCCGCCAGUCCUGUGGUUGCUGCUGUGGUUCUGGGUCCUUGGCCCAGGGGCUGGAGGCCUCUUCCUGACUGACUACUCCACCUGCUCGCCCCGCAAGCUGAGCCCCUUCCGCUCCUUCGCCAGCACCGAGCUCUUCCAUUUCCACGUUCCUGAGGACACGUUUCUGGCUGUUUGGAACCUCAUCAUCUUCAAGGAGCAGGGGGGCACCUUUGGGGACCACUGCCCGGACCAGAGUGUGACUGUGUAUUUCCGGUCCGGGGCACCCCCUGUCAUCAAUCCCCUGCACACACACUUCCCAGGGGACACAGCUGUGCCUGGGGUUUUCUCACUGACUCUCAGCUGGACUCUGCCCAACCGCACCUCAGGCAUCUUUAAUGUCAGCAGCCCCUUACCUGGGGACUGGUUCUUGGCUGCUCACCUUCCCCAGGCCCACGGCCACAUCUCCGUCAAGGGUCUCCAGGAUGAGUGUCAGUACCUUCUCCAGCCGCAGCUGAUCAUCCGGCGUUUGCUAGACGUUGCUGUUCUGGUUCCUGGCCGCCCCUCGGAGCAAACCCUCUCCGCACACAAUGGCUCAGCUCUGUACAAGGUCUUUGUGCCCAGCUUCACUUACAGGGUUUCAGCGCAGCUGGUGUGUGUGGGGGGCCGCGGGGCGUCCGCCUGCCCCCUGACUCUGCGCCUACGUCCCAAGGCCCCACCCCUGCACAACUCGAGCUCUGUGACUUGUGGAGGUGUCUCAGCAUGCCAGCUGGAGCUGGCGUUGCCGCCCUGGGGGCACUGGGUCUACGUGCGUGUGGAGACAGCAUCCCGGGGCCCUGGCAGGACCGUUCGCUUCCAGCUGUGUGUGCGGCUGCAAGAGUGCCCACAGCCCAGCCUGUCCCGCGCCCUGGUCCCUGGAGCUGCCAUGAACAUGCCUCAGUCACUGGGCAACCAGCCAUUGCCCCCAGAGCCUCCAUCUCUCGGGGCCCCCGCAGAGGGGCCUGGGGGCACGUCUCCCCCCGAGCACUGCUGGCCAGUGCGCCCGACGCUGCGCAACGAGCUGGAUACCUUCUCCGUCCACUUCUACAUCUUCUUUGGCCCCAGCGUGGCCCUUCCCCCGGAGCGCCCUGCUGUGUUUGCCUUGAGGCUGCUGCCAGUGCUGGACAGCGGAGGCGUCCUCAGCCUGGAGCUGCAGCUCAAUGCGUCCCCGUGUGUGGACGACUGCGGGCCCUACGGGCAGUGCAAGCUGCUGCGCACCCACAACUACCUGUACGCGGCCUGCGAGUGCAAGGCCGGCUGGCAGGGCUGGGGCUGCACGGACAGCGCCGGGGCGCUCACCUACGGCUUCCAGCUGCUGUCCACACUGCUCCUGUGCCUGAGCAACCUCAUGUUCCUGCCGCCCGUGGUGCUGGCCGUCCGGAGCCGAUGCGUGCUUGAGGCGGCUGUCUACACCUUCACCAUGUUCUUCUCCACGUUCUACCAUGCCUGUGACCAGCCGGGCAUUGUGGUUUUCUGCAUCAUGGACUACGAUGUGCUGCAGUUCUGUGAUUUCCUGGGCUCCCUGAUGUCUGUGUGGGUCACUGUCAUUGCCAUGGCUCGUUUGCAGCCUGUGGUCAAGCAGGUGCUGUAUCUGCUCGGGGCUAUGCUGCUGUCCAUGGCCCUGCAGCUUGACCGGCAUGGACUCUGGAACCUGCUUGGACCCAGUCUCUUUGCCCUGGGGAUCUUGGCCACAGCCUGGACAGUCCGCAGCGUCCGCCGUCGCCACUGCUACCCCCCAACGUGGCGUCGCUGGCUCUUCUACCUGUGCCCGGGCGGCCUCAUCGCGGGUGGCGCCGUCCUGCUCUACGCCUUCGUGGAGACCCGGGACAACUACUUCUACAUUCACAGCAUCUGGCACAUGCUCAUCGCCGGCAGCGUGGGCUUCCUGCUGCCCCCUCGUGCCAAGACUGAGCACCGGGUCCCGGCAGGAGCCCGGGCCCGGGGCUGCGGUUACCAGCUAUGCAUCAACGAACAAGAGGAGCUCGGCCUGGUGGGCCCGGGAGGGGCCGCUGUCAGCAGCAUCUGCACCAGCUGA